CAUUUGUUGGGAGUUUGUAAAAUGCUGUAAGAGAAGCCCAGCUUCUUUGGGUAACAAAAGUUGGGCUCAUCUACAAAUUAAGACCAAUUGAAGGCCCGAUAACAUUGGCAAAUCCACAAAUUAAAGAAGAAAACGGCGUGGCUAGCAGCACAGGGCGACCUCCAACUCCUCAUACCGUCGAGCUCCCGCCACUGCUCCUGCCCCAUCUCUUUACCUCAAAGGUAUUUUUGGGGGAAGGAGUGGGUGUUGGGGUUAUGGCUAAAGCCCUUGAUUUGCAGGACUUCCUUCUCCGCGGUCGAGUCUUGAAGCUUUAUAGGCAAGCACUUAGGAUUACCCGAAGAGCCCCCGUUGAUUCCAGAGGUGAACUAAGAUCGAUGAUUCGACAGGAACUGGAGAACAACCGGCACUGCAGUGACAGGCAACGGACUCGUUUUAUGUUAAGUGAAGGUUUGGAGAGAUUGAAACGUCUCGACGAGAUGCUUGACAUGCAAGGUCACUAGUUGUAUUCCUUAAUUUGUUGAGUUUUUGAAUGUCAACAUUCCCCUUGUACUUUUCCAACACGAACAGGUGACUCAUGCUGCAUUUGUUAACAUAUGAUGUUUAUUUUGAAAUGAUUUGCCUUUCUUGAUUAGCA